AUCGUAACGACCGGCGUCAUGCUGUGGCACGAGCACCACACAGUAGAGUUUCUAAAACACGACGUACGAUGUUGUAAUGAGUGCUAACUUUAUCUCUACGAUCGAUGUACUGUGCUGUGUGAUUGUUUGUUUUGGCUCAGUCAGAUGAUAUUUGGAGAGCUGACAAGAAUUCUCGGGAAAGUUCCUGCCAUGCGCAUUUAUAUGCAUAACACCAGAGGCUUCCUGUCAGGAUAAAUAACCACCUGGGACACAGGUAAAACCUGAAAAUAACGAAUUCACCAUGACGGAGGCAGAAGCAGUGUUGGUCAAACUCAAAGAGAUCGGAAAGGAUCUGGGCAAAGAAAAUAUCACGGAUACUUUGGCUCAAAUAUUGGAUAAUGCGUCUAAGAACGGAGGAAACUUUCGUACACUUCUCACCAAAUUUGGCCGUAUAGGACUUGGUGUUAAGGAUAUGCUUGAUCCGAACCCGGUAAACAAGUGCCGUGGUUUAAUCGCCGUUGUGUCUGCCAUUCGCGACUUGGUUGUCAUUUUUGAAACACCCGCCAGGGAGUUUGCUCAGUUUGUUAGCUCCGUUUUAUUUGUGGGUCAAGUUACUUCAUCUUGUGCUGUGAGUGGUCUGGAUGGGAUUCAGAAGGGAAACGCCAUUGCUAUGUUGACUAAGGUAAUUUCGGACACCCUUGAUUCUCACGGAGAUGCCAUGAUCAAAAGCAAUGUUGAUAGCACGUGUCGAGUGUUUUCCUUUGCGCACAACGUCAUUAUAGGUGCAUGUUCUGAUUCGGACAAAAGUCCAAGUAGAAGCGACAUUUCUGAUUUAAUACAAAUGAUAGACAUAAAAGCCGGUAUCAAAACGCUAGGAAAAAUAGAAUCAAGGAUCUCAUCGUUGAUGGAAAACCAGCCAAAAGCACAAUCUGAAGAAGCGGUAUCCACGUACACUGAACGAGUCCUCAAGUACAUCGACAUGUACUGUCACCUGGCGAUUCUACGUGACGCCGUCAUGUUGGAGUUCUAUGCUCUUCUGACAUCUUCAGGACAUUCUGGCUGUCUAGCAGAGGGUGUCAGAGCAGGUCUUAAAGGCGAACAUGAGCGGGACAGGAACCUGGUAAAAUCCCUGGUACUUCCUAAUCAAAAACAUGUCCGGUUUGCUUCUUUCUUUGAUCCUGACCGCUGGCCGUUCACCUUCAAAUUCAUGGAAGAUUGCAAAGAUUUGCCAGCUCUGGAAAACUUAGAUAAGGUACCGAUAGCCAUGAGAACAAUGAAAUGGAUGAAUUGGUUUGCAACACACGACACAUCACCAGCAAUAUGUCUUCGAUCCUUGAAAUCCUCUUUAGAGAAACCUCUGGACAAGACCAAACACAACUUCGUGCUAUUGAAAAAGGAAGUUUCGUCGUGUUAUUAUAUCUGUCCCCAAAAUCAGGACAAUAAGUAUGUUGUAAUGAGGGAAGGCAAUAAGAAGUGGGUGGAUAUAAAGUGUGGGAAGCCAGGCAGAGAAGGCGAAUGGAACAUCUUUAAUGUACAAGACAAUGACUCCAUGUACAUGUUAGUCCACUAGACGGUGGCCACUUCAUUUUAUGACCAUGUCGGACACUUGGUUUGGAUGGAUAGAAGGACGAGUAGUGUCUCUUUCGGAUCCUUCCGCGCAUUGGGUCAUUCAGUACAAUGGAUCAAAGAUGAUGUGAUGUGCCUUUUAAAUGUCUGUUAAUUUGAAGUUGAUUUGUACAUGUUUGUUUAGCAUUGUGGCAAUCAUCGCUUCUAUAUCAACUUGGUUUAGUAAGACUGCAUCCGUUUGCAUUGUACAAUUCCAAGAAUUUGACAUAAUGUCCCAAUUGUCUAUACCUUUUAUGGGUUUUGGCCACCAUCAUCAGAUGAUCAUUCAAAAUACCUUUCGCUCAUGGUCCGUGGUGCUUCCGUCUGUAGACAAUUCUUGUUACCGCUAUUUCUUGAGGACACUAGAGUGAUUUAGGUACCUAGUUGUGCCAAUUUAUCUUUGAGGUUAAUUGGAAACAAAAUGGCCGACAGCCAACAACUUUAUCUUGGGUUUUGACAGUUUAAGUUGUUACACGUAUCGCUAUUACUAGAGAGCUACUGAUUUUUCUGAAACUCCAUAUGUCCAUAAUUGUGGCCGUUCAAUAUUGAGUCUGAUCUAACGCGCAAAAUGGCCGAAUGGUGACCAUCUUAAAUUUUGAUAUUCAAAAAUUAUUAUAUCACUUGGUCUUGAGAGAUAUUGAGAAUAUAUUUCUCAGACUUUAUAUUUAGGAUCUUAGAAAUAGGAUUUAGAGAGAAAGAGACAGAGAGUUAUUUGUAUUGUCAAAAAGAAUACACGACAUGUAAUAUCAAA